CGGGGGCCGGGGCGGCGGCCGUGCCCGGGGGCUGCCGCCAUGCGCCGGGGGCUGACCGCGCUCCGCGGCCUCCUCGGGGGAGGCUCCGCGGGGCGGCCGCUCCGGCUCCCGGCGCCCAGCGGGCCCCAGCCGACCCCCGCCGGCGGUCCCGAGCCGCUGGCUGAAGGGAGCGGGGGCGGCCAGCUCAACAUUCUGCCGUCCUUUGGGUUUCUUUUUGACAUUGAUGGUGUACUGGUACGAGGAAAGACUCCAAUACCUGCUGCAAAAACAGCCUUUCAAAAGCUAGUUAAUUCUCAGGGACAAUUCUUGGUGCCUGUAGUAUUUGUCACCAAUGCAGGGAAUUGCCUUCGCCAGAAAAAAGCUGAUCAGUUGUCUAAUAUACUAGGAGUUCCAAUUUCACAAGACCAAGUGAUGAUGUCACACAGUCCUCUGCGGAUGUUCAAACGUUAUCAUGAAAAAUGUGUUCUUGUAUCUGGACAAGGGCCGCUUCUGGAUAUUGCUCAAGAUCUUGGUUUCAGUCAACCCAUCACCAUUGAAACAUUGCGGGAGAAAUACCCUUUGCUAGAUGUAGUUGACCAUGACAGAACACCUGAUGUUUUGUACCCCUCUGCUGUGGAGCUUCCCAAGAUUGAGGCUGUUGUUUUGUUUGGGGAGCCAGUCAGAUGGGAAACCAACCUUCAAUUGAUCAUAGAUGUUUUGCUGACAAGUGGCUAUCCUGGAAAUCCUUAUCACCAUGAAAAUUACCCUCAUAUACCUGUACUUGCUUGUAAUAUGGAUCUGAUGUGGGUAGCUGAAGCACAGUCUCCAAGGUUUGGGCAUGGAACAUUCAUGGUUUGUCUGGAAAACAUUUACAAGAAGAUCACUGGCAAAGAUCUGAAAUACGAGGCCUUAAUGGGCAAGCCUAGUGAACUGACCUAUCAGUACGCAGAAUACCUUGUCAGGACUCAAGCAGCAGAAAGACAAUGGAAGCAACCUAUUCAAACUCUUUAUGCUGUUGGAGAUAAUCUCAUGACUGAUGUCUACGGUGCUAACCUUUACAAUCGCUAUCUUGAAGAGAAGAACUCCAGAAAAGGUUCAAAAACACAGAUUCAGGCCAAAGUUGCUGGAGGCAGAGGGUCUGCUGCUCUCUCUCAGGAUGAUGAAAUAGACAACAGUUGGGAGAAUGAAUUAGCAUCUGCUGCUGCUACCCACUGUAGUGUGUCUGUAGGUGCAUUGCCUCUCUACUUUGACGUGUAAAUCUGUAAAAGAAAUGCCCAUAUAAGCUGAUGAGGGCUGAGUUGUUAAAACCGUUUUUAGAACUCCUGCAAAGCUGAACUGAAGAAAGGCAGCUAACAACGGCUGUUCUGCAUGGCAUAAUACCUGGCCUUUUUGUUGUUACCUUUUUAUUUGCAGUUCUAUGGGGAAUUUAGAAUUUUAGAAAACUUUAGAAAAUUUCAGGCAUUUCUCUCAGCUGGACUUCUCCACUGAAUGUGUGACUGUUAUUUGGGCAAAAAGUGCCUAGUAAUUUACUUGAAGCUUCAUGCCACUGUGGUAGUUAACUGGCCUUUAGAUUAAUAUAUUUUCUCUGUAUCAAUGUUAUGUGUUCGGUUCAUGGAUUUUAUAUCUGUUCAUUAAAAAUGUAAUUUAUUUUA